GGAAGUGCCAUUGCGACGACCUACAUGGCAGGGGGCGUGGCUAGAUUCGUGUGCGAGGCCGGCUUCGAACUGAGUCACGUGGUCAACUUAACCUGCCAAUCAGAUGGUACCUGGAGUGCUGGCGAUAUCCCGACAUGCAUCAGUGAGGCAUCCGGGCAGACGACUAUGACCUCUAUGACCUCUAUGACUAUGAAGCCACAUGGGCUAGUUCUGUCGACGCCCGCUAUCAUCGGAAUAUCUGUGGGAUCGGUAAUUCUGAUCGUUUUGAUCAUUAUUGUCAUCAUUUUGAUCUGCCGACCAAAGAAACGUCCACCGUCGAUCGGGAAGGUGAACUUUUCAAAAGACCAGGCUAAAGUUCAUGGAAAUCCUACCUCACCUAUGCUUAGUCCUGGCAACUGAUAAACUUAAAUAUAACGAGUGGAUCGACGUGUAAGGACAUAGCUAUUAUGUUGAUAUAUCUGCAAUGCAUGCAAUUGAGCUGAUGACUAUAUAAACGCUUUUUGUUGGCUCUUUUACUUUUCAUAAUUGUGUAUUAAUAGUUUUUUAAAUCACAGAAAACGUUUUGAUGCUAUUACUCAGAUAUAAAUGACUUUGAUAUUAAGCACAUAAAAUGUACUAUUAAACUAUAUAUGUGUAGCUACGUCUUCUAAAUUUUCCGAUUAAAAUCAAAUUCGGCUGUCAAUAGGAACUAUAUAGGUUGGCACCGUGUUGGUCAACGUUUUCUCAAUGAUAACCAUUAUCUAUAACCAUUGUCCAUGUCAUAUCUUAAUUGUGUGAAAAUUUAAAAACGGUGAUAUCCAGAUAUCAAUGUGAUACCACUUUGGAAACGAUAAUCAUUCAACAUGAAAAACCUAAUGAAUCCUAUCAUAGAUGUUCAUUUUCUCGUAGAUCCAUUUUGUAAUUCUAGAAUGAACGGACAUAUGUUUCCUGUUUAGCAUAUCUAUCUUUGGCUUAUGGAUCGCAACUUUAUUCAAAUUAAGCUUAAUUGUAAUUAGGGGGAAAUUCUUUGAAUUUACCCAAUAUAGGAAUUACAUCGGUAUUUUGGGGAUAAUAGUAAUAAGUAUGUUUUUAGUUGUUUCCUUGUUGUUGCUUUUGCUUUUGCUGUGCUGUUUCAUUAGUUUGUUUGGGGGAGAUUGGUUAAGUUUUGUAUUUUUUUUUUUUUUUUAAUCCAUUUGGGGCAGACAUAUUUUUGAAAAGGUUGAUUAAUCAGAGCGCGUUUCUAUUUCUUUAAGAGCGCCAUCUGCGAACAAAGAAUGUCUAGCCAUUUCUCUUGCAUCGAGAAUGACGUAGGGGGAGGUAAUCCAAAGUUCGUUAGCUCCAGCUUGAUUUAAGAUCGGUGUAACAAAAACAUUUAGAACGCUUUGCAUGAAAUCUUAUUGAGCUUUCUGUGUUUGAAUAUUAAACAAACUUAAUUAUUUACAC